UGGGCUGUACACUUGUUGACAGAUCUCGAGCUUCUUUAUAAAAGCUCCGCGGCCAGCUUCGUUUCCACGCAGUUCUGCUUGUCCAUUUAUUUAGUGAGCUAGUCAACUCCGGUGCACCCACUUAGCAAAAUGGCUCUUGAACGUCAAGUUCGCGCUAAGAUUGCCGCCAAGCGUGACCCACAGCAAGAGCAGGAAGCUAAAGAAUGGAUUGAAUCAAUCCUUGGUAGAAAAUUUCCCUGUGCCUUCGAAGAUUAUCUUCGUGACGGCCAGGUGCUUUGUGAGCUAAUGAAUAAAAUAAAACCAGGCUCUAUCAAUAAAAUCAACACAUCCGGCGGAGAAUUUAAAAUGAUGGAAAACAUCAACAAAUUCCAACAAGCUCUCAAAGAGUAUGGUGUUGCGGAUAUCGAUGUCUUCCAAACGGUUGAAUUAUGGGAAAAGAAAGACAUUGGACAAGUUAUUACAACUCUGUUUGCCCUCGGUCGCGAGACCUACAGACAUCCAGAGUUCAAGGGACCAAAUCUUGGACCAAAGCCAGCGGAUGAAUGCAAACGAGAAUUCACGGAAGAGCAACUGAAAGCUGGCCAGACGGUAAUCGGUCUUCAGGCUGGCUCCAAUAAAGGAGCAACGCAAGCUGGACAGAAUAUUGGUGCUUCUCGUAAAAUCCUGCUUGGGAAAUAAAUGGACAAUCUCCGUGCCUCUUUCUCCUUCAUUCUUCCCGUAACUAUAUUGACAAAUAUAUAAACCUAUCGCCACGUCUAGUCUCACUCUUAUCCUUCAUUUAUUCUUACGAUUUAGACGCUAUCCUUCUCCUUUAUUGCGUCUUUAACAACCUCUGUGUCUUACUUGCAAAUAUGUCACUGUUUUGUUUCUAUCCUGUCUGUUACGGAACAAACUGUAAUAUUGAAGCUUAACUAUAGUAUGAAAGUUAAAUUCGAUACUUGCUAUAAUAAUUAUAUUUAUCGAUUCGCUUUUUACAAGAUUUUCAAUCUGCUGAUUUGCACAAAAGUAAAUAGACGUCAUUUCAAUUUUUUGCUUGAUAUUUGUAUUUUAAUUUUAUACGGUCUUUGUCGUGGAAAUUAUGUUAAGUUAUUUUGUUUUACAAAGUUUCUUCAAAUAAAUGAUUUGUUAUUUCUGUAUUAA